UGGGACUACGUGCAAUUUACGCGCUUCGACUUGUUUACGUCCUUACGACCUUGGUUGGUCUGAGUCUUCUAGCUGAAGCCUGAUGACGUCUGUGCUCCGCAGACCAGUUCUCAAGCUGGGCUAAAUCUUUAAGGUGGAAGCCUCUGGAACAGAUUGAACUAGUCCAUCUCCAAAAUCACGGAUUGAACCUGACAUAACAUGGCAUCUGCUGAUCAAGUGAGCUUCCUGAAAGCUGGGUCUAUGGAUGAUGCUACCAGUCAGGGACAUCAUCAUCAUCACCAUGGAGACCAUGGCCACACCCAUGAAGCCAUGGAGCAUCCAGGGAAAUUUACAACUAGAGAUAGACCAGUCUUGAGAACAGACUGGAAACAGAGAGCCUUCACAGUGGGAAUAGGAGGUCCUGUGGGCUCAGGGAAGACAGCACUGGUGCUGGCCCUGUGUAAGCACCUGAGGGAGGCCCACGCCAUCUGUGUGGUCACUAAUGACAUCUUCACCAGAGAAGACUGGGAGUUUCUGGUGAGGAACAAGGCUCUCCCAGAGGAGAGGAUGAGAGCAGUGGAGACAGGAGGCUGUCCACAUGCAGCUAUCAGAGAGGAUUACUCAUUGAAUAUGGAAACAGUGAAGGAACUGACAAAAAAGUUCCAACCUGAGAUGGUCAUCAUUGAAUCAGGUGGAGACAACCUGGCUGCUAACUUCAGUACAGAGCUGGCAGAUUACAUCAUCUAUGUGAUUGAUGUAGCAGGAGGAGACAAAGUCCCCAGGAAAGGAGGCCCAGGAGUCACUCAAAGCGACCUGCUAGUUAUCAACAAGACGGACCUAGCAGAGGCUGUAGGGGCUGAUCUAAAGGUGAUGGAGCGUGAGUCUGCUAUGAUGAGGGAUGGAGGACCCACCAUCUUUGCCCAGGCCAAACACAAUAUUGGGGUGCCAGAGAUAGCAGAUCUCAUCUUAGCUGCACACAAACAAUCAGUUCCUCAGUGAUGAAUGCCUCAGUGUUGACGUGAGCCAUGUGCUGUGUGCUGAAAAUCUUUUUAGCAAGUAAGAUACAUGUAUAUGUUGUUAGCUUGGGUUUAAACACUGACUGUGUGCAGGACAUUAAGCAAUGAUCAGGCUUUCAUGGCCUGUAAGCCACGUCUUUAGUCAAACUUGCAAUAUAGGAUGUCGGUUGA